UUUCUUGUUAAAGUCCUUUCUUUUGGGAGCUAUUAGUAUGGUGCUCGCAAGAUUCGUUGGUCUGCUGGUCUUCUGAAUGUUUUCCAGUGUUUUACGGUGAUUGGAGACUGCUAUGAUUUCGGAUUAACUUGGGCCAAGUUACUUGGCAUUCCCUGCCAUUCCGAUUCGUGCUGCGUGGGUUGAGCAAAAACUGAAGUGUCCCUCGUUGAUUGCAACGUGGUCCGUGCCCGGUGACGUCGGACAAGAAUGGCAUCAUUUCUCUGCAGACGGGUUCUCGCACAAUGUUUGCAGCAGCGGGUACAUCUCCGUAGACCGCUCCGAGCGACUAUUACUCCAUGCAUCAGGUUCAUUGCUACUACGGAAAAGAAAAAGGAUGCCGCGGUUGGAGGACUGGCUUUGCCCGAUGAUUGCUCAGUUACUAAACCAGGAGGUGGUGUGGAUACAAAUUAUGAGCAGCGAAAGGAUUGGUAUACUCGUGGAAUGGAUUAUGACGACGAGGACAUCGAUAGAUGGCAGUGGAAUAUUAUAAUGUUUGUGGUGGUUACCUGUUUCACCAUAGGAACCACUUGGUUUAUGAUGUACGCCCCAGUGAGGUUUCCUGAUACGGACUGGGUUUGCCGCGAAGCUUUCCUGGAGUUACAUCGUCGUGAGAAAUUCGGCCUGCCUUUAGUGGAUCCCGACCUUGUACCCCGAGAGAACAUAAUUCUACCGUCUGAUGAAGAACUGGGUGAUUUUGCUAUCACUAUUUAAUUUCUUGCAUCAAAGCGAUGGGCGUCUCUGUGUUCAAGUAAUAAGCAGAUGGCUAUGGGCAGCCGUGUUAGUUACAAGUGUUCAUGAUAGGUUUUAGAUGGUUUUAUUUUGUUCAUGAUUUAUUUCAAGGAUAAACUACUGCAUUUGU